ACCGUCAGUUCUAGUUCAGAGUUGAACUCCGAAAGGUGAUAGAAAAGUGAUAAAAAUGAAAUUAUUUGACAAGUCGUACUACAGGAUGACGAAAAUAUUGUUGUCGUUCAUCGGUCAGUGGCCGCUCCAAACGCCUUGGCAGAAGCGAAUCAUACGAACGAGCAUCGUCAUGUUUAUGCUGACCAUAAUCAUACCAGAGGUGAUUAAAUUCGUCGAUGUGGUCGAUAGGCUGGACAUUGUGGUCGAAUGUAUCGGGCCCCUCGGACUUCACGUGCAGAAUAUAUUGAAGUGUUCGACCGUUGCUUACCACGGUAACAAGUUGGUGAAGUUCAUGACAUACAUGAACAGAGAUUGGAGUUCUCGAAAAGAGAAAGAUGGAACAAAAGUCCUGCACCGAUACGCGGAACGGAGUAAAGCCCUGGCUACGGGAUACACACUUUACAUGAUCGUGGGGGGCUCGAUCUACGUCUGCGUGCCUCUGAUGCCUGUGUUUCUCGACGUCGUGAAGCCCCUUAACGAAACACGACCACGGGAGACUUUUUUUUUAACGGAAUACUUCAUCGAUCAAGAUAAAUAUUACGUCCCGAUAUUUUUCCACGGGUUCGUAACUACGAAUAUUUCGAUGGUGAUUGUUGCUGGCUGCGAUACUAUGUACAGUGCUUUCGUGCAUUACGUUUGCUCCAUUUUCGUCGAACUAGGAAAUGAAUUGGAGAAUCCCGUUACGAAUAAGGACGACAGCUUUUACGUGAGCAAGGAUGACGAUUACAUCUUUGAGCACGUUCGCAAAUGUAUCAAAAAGCACAGAGAAGUUAUCGAACUUUGCGAUUACCUGGAAUCCACGUACACGUUUUACUUUUUUGGCACCAUAGGACUUAACAUUUUUCUCAUUAGCUUCGUUGGUGUACAGACAGUUACGAAAAAAGAUGAUCCAAGCUUAUUCAUAAGAUACAAUAUUUAUCUCAUGGGGCAAAUAAUGCAUGCUUUCUUCGGUUGUUGGCAUGGCCAAUUAUUGAUAGAUCACAGCCAAGAGAUCAUUACUGCCACAUAUAAGGCCCAAUGGUACUGCUCUUCGUUACGAUCGCGCAAGCUUUUCACACUGAUGAUGAUGCGGAGUUCGAAACCUUGCUACUUGACGGCGGGUAAAUUGUUCCCGGUGUCUCUCGAAACUUUUACCACGGUUAUGAAAACAGCAAUGUCAUAUUUCACCGUACUCAGGUCUUUGCAAUAAAGUCAACUCGUUCCACCACUUUCUUUCGUCUGCAUUCAUGAACCUCAUCUUGAGAAUUCAUAAUAAAAUGUCGACCGAGAAUGUGAAACGUUAAAUACAUCAGUAAAGGUACUUUUGUACAUAACGACUA